AUGCUUUGCAAGGUCUUUGUUACUGCUGCUAUUCUUUCUGCUGCUGUUGCAUCUGUGUUACCGUUGCCUAAACACCAUGCUCCUCAACCAUACAAGUUUGGAUACAAUAUAAAGGAUAAACAUGGCGAUCAAUACAGAGAGGAAGUCGGAGACGGAAUCAGUGGCGUGAAGGGCAGCUACGGAUUCUCUGAUGCAAGGGGCGUCCAUAGGCAGGUAGACUACGUUGCCGACCAUGCCGGAUUCAGGGCUCAAGUCAAGACCAAUGAACCCGGAACUGCCAAUCAAGACCCUGCUGCUGUCAAGAUGAUCUCUUCUUCUCCAUAUGCCGGACCUGAAGCCGGACUCUUGGAUGCCGGACUUGUGGGUGCACCUGCUGUCUUUGCUGCGCCAGGAAUCGUCGGCGUUAACGGAUUGGGAGCACCAGGAAUCGCUGGCGUCAACGGAUUUAGAGCACCAGGAAUCGCUGGCGUCAACGGAUUGGGAGCACCAGGAAUCGCUGGCGUCAACGGAUUGGGAGCACCAGGAAUCGCUGGCAUCAGCGGAUUUGGAGCACCAGGAGUCGCUGGCGUCAGCGGAUUUGGAGCAGAAGGAAUCAUUUUUGUCGUAUCUGCUAUUCUUUCUGCCGCAGCUGGUGCUUUAUUACCACUGCCUAUGCACCAUGCUCCUCAACCAUACAAGUUUGGAUACAACAUAAAGGAUAAGAAUGGAGAUCAAUACAGAGAGGAGGUGGGCGAUGGAGCUAGUGGCGUGAAGGGCAGCUACGGAUUCUCUGAUGCCAGGGGCGUUCACAGACAGGUGGACUACGCUGCCGACCAUGCCGGAUUCAGGGCACAAGUCAAGACUAACGAGCCUGGAACAGCCAAUCAAGACCCUGCUGCCGUCAAGAUAAUCUCUUCUGCUCCAUAUGCUGGACCUGAGGCCGGAAUCUGGGCUGCCAGACCUGUAGGUGCACCUGCUGUCUUAGCUGCACCAGGCAUCGUUGGCGUCAACGGAUUGGGCCUUGGAUAUGGAGGAUUGGGGUACAAUAACCUUGGAUAUGCUGGCCUUGGAUAUGGUCUCAACAGUGCUCUGCUCGGAGGUAUAGGAUACGCAAGAUAUGGGUUCUGA